CAAACAAGGAACCAAUGAAAAACAUGGCGACCAUGGUAAAACUUGACAGGCUUACCGGCAAAGUUGUUGAGGAAACUUUCAUACAAAACAGAGAUGCCGAGGAGAAUCGUCUAAAAGAAUAUGAAGCAGCGCUGAAGAUCCAGAGCUGGUUCCGAGCCGUCAGGGUCAGGUCUUACAUCAAGUUUCUGCACAGAUGUGCCGUCACCAUCCAGAGACACUGGAGAGGCUUCCUGGGCAGGGGGGCCUUCCGCACCCUGGUCAAGAAUUCAGUCUUUGUGAUGAGAAUGAACUUCUACAACAAGAUGGUGGUCAGGAUCCAGAAAAGGUGGAGAGGAUAUUAUGUUCGCAAAUAUGUGCACAACUACUAUGCCAGGAAGAGAUACCUGGAGGGAUUGCAGAUAAAGAACCAAAUCGUCAGGAGUGAGCUGAGUGAAUAUGCAGAGAUGCACAAAAGAGAAAGGGAGAAGAGAAGGCAGGAGUUGGAGGAGAAGAAAGAGAUUUACAGUGCCAGAAAAAACCACUACCUUCUCAGCACACACCAGAUCUCUGGUAUCUACAACUCUCCAUACAAGCCCUUCCCUGAUGAGAUGGAGUACCGCCUGAUGUCAGUCAAGCCCCUGAGCCACAAGAGGCCGCUCAGGCCCAGGGACAGCACCAUGGGGCUGGUGGACCCCUCCCCGCCCGGGGUCCCCCCUGCCUUACCCCAGUCUGCACCUCUGCCUCCCAUUGACAAGAAAAAACCACAGGGUCCUUUCCGCCAGCCUACAGAAGUGUAUGCACAGCGGUACAGGCCCCUGGAACCCACACUGCGGGUGGCAACAGACUAUACAUCUGAGGAGGAGGCAAGAGUAGCAAUGAAGCGCAAGGAGUGGGAGGGGAGAAUAAAUGACAACACUUUCCUGCCGUUCACCAGGAGAGAUCGCCCGUACAGCCCCCUGCUGCACACCACGUCCCAGUACGGGGCCCUGCCAUAUGGCACCAGGCACUUCAGACAUGAGAAGAAAGAGACUGAUGAUGAUAGGUUCAAGUUGGUGUGUUCUCCCAUCCCAAUCCUGGAGAAGUUCAAUGAGACCUUCUCCAAGGGACAGGUGGCACUGUAAACUCACCCUGCAUCAAGCACCACAGUGCCUUUAACAUGCCUUACAUGUACCUUACUGUGCAUCUCAAGGAAGUUGACAGAACAGUGAAAUUUGGUUCUCAAUAUUGGCUUCAUAAGAAAUGAAUAUUAAGACACACAUAUAAAGACACACAUUUGUGCCAUGUUGCCAUCACGUGGACAUAAUAGAAUGAUCGUUAGUUGACUUUUUGUCACUUCUGAAGAAUUCCUGGUCUAUAUAA